AUGGCUUGCUUACAUGGACCACGACUACUGAAUUUGGAGAAAACCCCUCCUCAUCUUCAGUUCAAUGACUUGAUCCUGACAGGCUACCGGCCAAUUUCAACCUUUCAGGGGUGCAUCAGAAGCUUGUUCUACUUGCACAAUGAAUUUGGUAACAUUUAUACCCAUGGAAUCCCAUUCUUCUGUUUCCUUGUGCUGCUGCCACUUAACAUCCCCUGGUCUGAGGUGGAGCAAACGUGGAUGUGUGUGUUCCACUACCUUGCCUGCCUGUCCCCCACCGUGGGCUCAGUGCUUUACCACACCUUCAUGAACCAUGAGGGCGGGGAGCCCAUCUACGACACACUCCUUUCCCUUGACAUGGUCGGAGUCUGCCUGGUCAACACCUUGGGAUGCCUGCCCAUCAUCUACAUCACCCUGAUGUGCUACCCUGUCACUUGCAUCCUGGCCCUCCUGACCUACAGCCUAAUCUCAGCCUGGGGCAUCCUCUGUGCCACCACAGCGCGUAGCAACUAUGGGCGCCUUCGCGCUUUCAUCUGGCAGGCCCUCUUCCGUGUGCUCCUCUUCCUAUUCCGUUGGCUGGGCGACGGUGUAGGCAGCCCAGCUUCGCUGCGCCUCUUCUUCACCAUGGACAUGCUGGCUAUCAUGGGUGGCCUGGUGAACCUUAGCCGGGUGCCCGAGCGUUUUAGCCCAGGCCUCUUCGACUACUGGUGCAACAGCCACCAGAUAAUGCACGUGCUGGUGAUCUGCUCCAUUAUCUACAUGCACUGGGGGAUGCUGGAGGAUUUAGCCUGGAUUAAGACGUUCCAGUGUCCGGUGUUGGAGUGA